UAAGCCCUUAGCUUAGAGAGCAAAGAACCAUUAAUUUGAGUUUCAAAAAUGGCAACCACUCAACCACCACCCAAUAACAUCUGUUGUUUCAGUUAUCUUCAAUCCCUUUCUCAAACACCCCACAGGCUCAGAAAAAGAAUGUUAGCUACAUGGACUCCAGACCAAGAGCUCAAUCAAAUAAGGUUAAGAUCAGGUGCAGAUAUGAAAAGAAAAUUGAAGUGGUAUGACUUGGUAGCUCUUGGUGUAGGAGGAAUGCUUGGUGUUGGAGUUUUUGUGACAACCGGUCCAGUAGCGCGCAAAACCUCUGGUCCUGCUGUAUUUAUGUCUUAUAUCAUUGCUGGAUUAUCAGCUCUCCUUUCUUCUUUGUGUUACACAGAGUUCUCCAUUGAGCUUCCUGUUGCUGGUGGAUCCUUCAGUUAUCUCAGAAUAACUUUUGGAGAGUUUGUGGGCUACUUUGCUGGAGCUAACAUACUAAUGGAGUAUGUACUGUCCAAUGCGGCAGUAGCAAGAAGUUUCACAGUAUAUCUAUCCAGCACCUUUGGAGCAAUAGAUCACCCAAAUUCUUCAUGGUUAGUUGAAGUAGGUGGAUUGGCAAAAGGGUAUAAUAAGUUAGAUUUCGCCGCGGUUGCUCUUGUUCUACUUCUUACUCUCUGUCUUUGUUACAGUACCAAGGAGAGCUCUAUGUUGAACCUUGUGAUGACAGUCUUUCAUGUGAUCUUCUUUGGGCUUAUUAUAAUUUCUGGGUUUUGUUAUGGGAGUACCGAGAACUUAAUACAUCCAGGAGGAUUAGCUCCUUUUGGUGUAAGAGGUGUUCUUGAUGGAGCAGCAAUAGUUUACUUCAGUUAUAUUGGCUAUGAUUCUGUAUCAACCAUGGCAGAAGAGAUCAAGAACCCUUCAAAGUCACUUCCAAUUGGGAUUGUGGGAUCUGUUCUUAUUGUUUCUGUGCUUUACUGCUUGAUGGUCUUGUCUUUGUGUUUGAUGAUACCUUAUAAUGAGAUAUCAGAUGCUGCAUUUGCUUCAGCUUUCCAAAAGAUGCCUGGUUGGAAAUGGAUGAGCACCAUGGUUGGUGCUGGUGCAAGUUUGGGAAUUGUGGCUUCUCUCUUGGUUGCCAUGCUUGGUCAGGCUAGGUACCUUUGUGUUAUCGGAAGGGCUCGGCUCGUCCCGGUCUGGUUGGCUAAGGUUCAUCCUUCUACAGGCACCCCUAUGAAUGCAACACUCUUCUUAGGUAUCUGCACAGCAGCCAUUGCACUCUUCACAGACCUUGACAUAGUACUAGAGAUGAUCUCCAUUGGCACACUCUUGGUGUUCUACCUCGUCGCAAAUGCAUUAAUUUAUCGUCGCUAUGUUGUUAAUGUUGAUGAUGGAACCAAACAUCACCCACUUCUCACUCUCCUCUUCUUGUUGAUUUUCUCAUCAACCUCUGUUGGAUUCUCUCUAUCAUGGAAAUUGAAUGUACAAUGUUGGGGGGUGUCCUUAAUUGGUGGGGUUCUUAUCUCCAUUACUAUUUUCUUCCAUUACAUGGUCCCCUGCAUUAGUAGGCCAACUGAUCAGUGGUCUGUUCCAUUCAUGCCAUGGCCUGCUGCAGCUUCAAUCUUCCUUAAUGUCUUCCUUAUGACCACAUUAAACAAGAAAGCUUUCCUAAGGUUUGGAAUAUGGGCUUGUGUGGUCACAUUAUUCUAUGUCUUAUAUGGUGUUCACUCCACAUACCGGGCAGAGGAAUUGGAGACUAAUGAUGUUGAGGGGAACCGGCCAACCUCAUCUGCCUAGAAGCUGGUUUAAUUGGUUGGGCUCUAACACUAGCUGCUCAACCCAGGCC